UCUCACCUGGGGAGUACCCCUUCUCUUGCGAUCAUCUCGACACUUGCACGUUACUUUUCCACAUUGUUUCAGAGCUCUCUGGCGCACUCUUCCACCAAGAGAUUUGUUUUAGCGCUGGGCUUAUGGGCUUUUUUUUGUGCUUCUCUGAACCAGGUGGUGGAGUGGGUGGAAGUAGUGGUGGCGAAUGUUUCCAUAGCAAAAGCACAGAGGAUGAAUUUGGAUUGGUGACUGUGAAUCAUUGACGCGGGAAGCUCUAGCUUCUCUUUUUCAUAUAAAUACCCAUCAAAAAUCAUGGCAAAAUCAGUCCUCUGUUAGACUUUGUCUCAUACAUCCCUUCUUUUAUUUCAAAAAAUAUAUAUAUACCCAUUGCACCUAACUUCGUCAACAGGCGAGGUCGGUUAAAAGUACUUUAAGUAAAUUCCCGUGAUCUGCAUCAACACCAUGCAUAAGUUGUCAAUUCUUAUUGCACUCUUUGCCAUCUGUGGAGCGGCAUUGGCACAAAAUGGAUAUAGCUACCCUAGACCAGAUCAGGCCCUGCCCGGAAGUCAGAGCACUGUUCGGCCUUUAGGUGGUGUUGGUACAACCCCUAGCUAUCCCGGAAGUACAGGAUACCCAUCAGGACGACCAGGAGCUCCAGGCGGUUAUACACCAUCAGGCCCCAGUGGAGGUUUCCCUUCAACAGGAACCGCUCCAGGUGGUGGCUAUCCUUCCGGUGGACCCACAUCCCCAGCCACAGGACGUCCAGGUGGCUUCGGAGGACGUCCUCAGGGUGAUGACUACCCAUCUGGUCCCAGUCAACCCGGUGCCGGUUAUCCCGGAUCUGCUCCAUCAGGCCCCUCCACCUAUCCAGGAUCAGCACCUGCUGGCCCAACUGGUGGCUUCCCCUCCCAGCCUGGAGCUCCCGGUGGAUUCCCCUCACAGCCCGGAGCUCCUGGUGGAUUCCCCGGUGCCCCAGGACGCACCCCUGGUGCCUCAGCUCCAGGCUUCCCAGGCAGUUCAGCUCCCUCUGGUCCCUCAGGUCGCCCAGGAGCUCAAUUCCCAGGUGCUCAGCGACCAGGUGGAGCCCCAGGUGGACAAUUCCCCGGAACUGCUGGUGGUUUCCCCACUGGACCCUCUGCUGGUGCCCCAGGAGCUGGAUUCCCAGGACAGGUAGGAGGACGUCAACCAGGAACAGGUGGUAAAUUCGACGAUGGACAGUACGAAGGUGGGGACUAUUCAGCCAUUCCCGGAGAACCUGGAGUGGACUAUCCUAUCUACACUGAAAUCCCCGUGACUUCCUUCGACUGUGUGCAACAGCAGUGGCCAGGAUACUACGCUGAUGUCGAGGCUCAGUGCCAGGUCUUCCACAUUUGUGCCCUCAACAAAACCUUCAGCUUCCUCUGCCCCAAUGGCACAAUCUUCAGUCAGGAGCACCUGGUGUGUGUCUGGUGGAAUCAGUUUGAUUGUUCAACUGCCCCAUCACUCUACGGAAACAAUGCCUACAUCUAUGACUACAGCAAAGUUGGACAGCCAGGAUCUUCAGUACCUCAGGGACCAGGAGUGACAGGACUGGCCGGACCAGGUGUUUCUGGACCUGGAAUUCAAGGACCUGGUGGUUUCCCAGGAGCUCAAGGACCGUCAGGCCCUACAGGUGGUUUCCCUGGUAGUGCCCCAGGACCCCGAGGACCAACAACUGGAUCUGGCGCCUAUCCAGGUGCUCAAGCUCCAGGAAGCCCCUCAAGUGGUUUCGGCCCAUCGCAGCCCGGCAGUGCUCCAGGUGGUAGCUAUCCAGGAUCUGGACCUACAGCCACCUACCCAGGCGCUGGACAGACCCCAUCAGGCCCCGCUCCAGGUGCCCCAGGAUUCGGACAGACUCCCAGUGGCCCAGCUGGAUACCCAGGAGUCACUGGUCCAGCCCCAGGCUAUCCAGGUGCCAGUCAGCCCUCUGCUCCCGGAACCUACCCCCAGGGUCCAUCUGCAGGUGCCUACCCAGGUGCCCAGCCUGGAUUCCCUAGCACCGGAGCAUACCCAGGUACCCCAACUCCUGGCUACCCUGGUGGAUACCCAUCUCAGCCCGAUUCUGGCUAUCCCUCGUCGGCUACACCACCCAAUCGCGAGUAUCUUCCGCCACGCCGGCAGUAGAGUACAAUGAGAGACAACUCAACCGUUGAUGACGGAUAGAGUUCCUGCCAAGCAACAUUUGAGCAUUUUCAUCCCCUAUCCCCCCUCCUCACAAAUAUACCUCCCACAAUCCGUGAGUGAUGCCUCAAAAAGUUUCAGCACAAUUUUCUUUUUUGGCUUUUGUGCCGAAAGUUUUAGGUGGGAAAAAAACUUGUGUGGAUUAGUUUGGGAAUAAGAUCGCUAAUUUAAUUAUCUUCUAUCAUUUUACUGGAAAUUUUUAAGAACAGAAAACAGAAUCAAGCGACAUUUCAUGUAAAUUUGCUCUUUCGCUGCAAAAGUACAAGUAAUAGUGGCUACAUAAUGCUUUUCAUGCUAAAUUCUAUAUCACCUUUUCCUUCCUGCUAAAUAUCAAAUGAUAUUACCCAGUAUUAAGCAAUCAAGAUCAGUUUUAAUUUAAUGAAAAAAUAGAAAAGUCGAAUCACAGAUUUCCAAUCAUUUAUAAUUUUUUUGCGUGUCUUUUUUUAACGUAAGAAUUCCGCCAUGUUUUUAACUAAAUAAUAAAAUAAUUUGUAUAUUAAAGGUUAGAAUAUGUUGUGAGAAAAUUGUGUGAGUUUCUCAAAACACAAAUCUAUCAAACGGAUGAGAUAAUGUAAUAUGAAAAUUGUAUAAAAAAAAUGAAGACGUCCAAUAAAUAGAAAAUUAAUAUUAGUAAA